GAAGCCACAGAGAGAAGAAUGGAUCUUCGUAGCUCUCAACUUUGCCACCAAGUUUGUUAUAUUAAGUGAUAGUUUAUGAACUUAUUUCAUAACUUCAGUCAUGAUCUUGAUCGGAAUUACGUUCGAUUUUUACAGUUUGUUGACGCGACUGACCUCAAAAUAUGGGCCUAAAAAACAACACUGCCUAAAAUUGGGGUGACCAUCACCCGAAAAGUGCCGAUAAAAUACCGCAGGUCAAAUACCGCAAUCGCAACACGUGCGAGUUUCGCUCUCUCUUUCCAAAUAAUAAAUAUUUUAAUAUUAUAUUUUAGCGGUGAAAUAGACAAUGCUAAAGAUUAAAAGAAACCCAGGGAAGGCGCCGCGGACAGCGAAGCCAACACCAAAAGCCGUUCGAUCGGAUUCCACAGACUCAGUUCUGGAUCAGGAUUCCGCUGGCGAGGAUCACAGCGACCAUGAGCAUCCCACUGCCAGCUCUGACGAUGGCUUCGAGGAGCCCACGGUCUCCAAAAAGACUCCAGCAGCGACUAACACCUCCAAGCCAGCGAAGAGGAACAAGUUCAAGCAGAAUGAUCCGUCCAAGAAUGUGAAACCCCCGACGUUAGAGGAGAUGAAGGAGCUGCGAGACACCCGCAAUCUCUUCCAUUCGAAUCUGUUCAAGCUGCAAGUCAAGGAGAUGCUGGAGGAGCUGCAGGUGAAGCCCAAGUACACGGACUUCAUCGAGACCUGGCUGGAGUCCUUUGCGGCCUUUACCCGCCAGCUAAAGGACGGCCUGAUGGAGCGAUCGGAAUUGGAGGUGCCCCUGAGUCUGCCCCAGAAAGCGUCGGGCUUUAUUUUUUCCAAACCGACGAGGGAACCCUACCUUAUUGGUGCCGCCUCCACUGGCACGCUACUGGGCCCCAAGAUUGUGGUGGACGUGGCCCUGGAGAUGCCAAAAGAGAACCUCCAUAAGGAGGACUACUUGAACCUACGCUACGACCAAAAGCGAGCUCUGUACCUCACCUAUGUGACGGAAAGGAUGCGGGAAUCUUCAGAAUAUAACCAGGACCAAUUUGCCUUUAACUACUAUGCCAACAACCCGCUUAAGCCCGUACUGGAGCUAACGCCGGUGGCUAAGCAGGUGACAAAGCAUCUGCAGAUUCGCCUCUUCAUCACCGCUCCGCUGAGCAGCUUUAAACCGGGCCGGUUUGUGCCCUGGAACAACAACAUUCGCCCCGCAUUCUAUGGCGACGAGUGGGACGAGAGCGAGGAGCCGCUGCCCUCUACACAACACUAUAAUGCCAAUGUGCUCUUUGACUUGACACUGGCCGAGAACCAGGCUCACCUUGAUAAGACCUUUAAGGGCAGACGUAACUUCCAGGACGGCCUCCUCCUGCUCAAAGUCUGGCUGCGACAACGGGAGCUAGACAUUGGUUACAGCGGCUUUGGCUCCCACAUCCUGGCCGCCUUUAUUGUCUACCUCAGUCAGCAGCGGAUCCUGCAUCAGUCGAGCAGCAGUUACCAGGUGGCGCGCACCGUAUGGAACCAGCUAGCCAACACGGACUGGACCAGCGGCGGCAUUAGUCUGGCGCCAGCUUCCGUUCAAAAGGAGGAUGCUGGCAAGAAGUCAGCUAGCUUCUAUGAUGUCUGUUUCAUGGACGUCACUGGCCAGUACAAUCUAUGCUCCAACUUACCGCUCUCGCUUUACCAGAGAGUCCGGGAGGAGGCCAAGCUAGCGGUGGAUCUGCUGAACGAUAUGAAGAUCAACAGUUUCCCGCACAUCUUCAUGCAGAAGUGUCCACUGUACAGCCGAGUGGACAAUAUCCUCAAGAUCACCAACUAUUCGUGUAUUAAUCAGAUGCUCAUGCUGCACUCCCAGCCUCGAUUCAAGUACGAUUAUGCCAAAUAUGGACAUCCCCAGCUCUUCCAACUGCUGACACAGCUUCUGCAAAAGGGACUGGGUGAGCGUGUCCAGGCCAUUCUGCCUUUGGAAACACCAACAAAGUCUUGGUCUCUGGACGACAAAGCUCCCGUAAUUGGGAAGUACAUUCAACUCGGAUUAAUACUUAAUCCGGAGCACGCUUACGAGGUUUUGAACAAGGGACCGGCUGCCAACGAGGAUCCCGAGGGAGCUGCCGAGUUUCGACGGUUUUGGGGCGAUAAAUCAAAUCUGCGACGCUUUCAAGAUGGCAGCAUUACUGAGGCCGUUGUCUGGGGCACUGCACAGGAUUCGCCGGCCAAGAAGCGGCUGAUUGUACGCCAGAUAGUGCUGCAUCUGCUGGAGCAUCAUCUGCAGCUGGAGAGCAAGGAUGUGCAGUAUAUUGCCGCCGAGUUGGAUCAGGUCUACCAGCUGUCCCCUUGGUAUAAGAUCAAAAAGCUCAAGACCAAGCUGCCCUUGGCUCAGGACACGGACGCGGAGGCAGUUAGUCCGCACGUUAUACGCUGCUACGAUGAGUUGGCCCGCCAACUUCAUGGCCUGGACGAUUUGCCUCUGGAUAUAGUGUCCAUAUCGGGUAUCUCACCUGUCUUCCGCUACUGUGAGCCGGAGCCAGUUCUGCCACAAGCUCGCCUUGCUGAUGGUCGCAUCCUUGCCAAGCAUGUGCAGCGGGUGGUUAUCCAGCUGGGCCAGAGUGGCAAGUGGCCCAACGAACUGACCGCCUUGCGUGCCUUGAAGACGGCCUUCCUCAUUGAGAUCGGCGAGAAGCUGGAGGAGCAAUGCCUGUUGAAAUGGGCCAUUACCGCCAAAGGUCUCCUGGUGCUUAAGCAAGGGUUCUGUUUCCUGAUUGAACUGGCCCAUAGCAAGGAGUUGGCCCUGCUCAAGCAAGAGGUAACGGAAAAAGGCGUUACGACGUACGUUGAUAAUCCUGCCAGUCGCCUCUUGGAGCGCCAGCAUUACAUUCUGCCCAAGGUAACGGGCUCUCUGCACUCGCUGCAUCAGACGCACUCUGCCUUUGGACCCACAGUGCUGCUGGCGAAGCGAUGGCUAGCCACCCAACUGUUGGACGACGGGUUGUGGCCAGCGAUGGCCACCGAGCUUUUGGUGGCACAUCUCUUCCAGCCGCGACACGCACCACAGGCCAUAGUGGCCCCUCAAACAGGAUUCAUUCGAUUCCUGCAGCUGCUAGCGCAUAGCGACUGGAACGGAGAGCUCUUCCUGCUUAACUUUAACAACAGCUGGCAAGAACAACAAAUAGCGGAUCUGGAGCACAGCUAUCGUAGCGACCGUCAGAGCUAUCCUCCUCUGGUGGUGGCCACCGCUUACGAUCAACAGCAUGUCGGUCGCCUGUGGACGUCGGAUGAGGCCCCGAGUCUGAGAGUACUGGGACAUGUGACGCGCUUAGCCCGUCAUGCCCUCGAAAUCGUUGAGACCAGUUUGAUGUCAAAGGAUCUACGCUUCGUGCGUCCCGCCCAGUUGUUUCGAGCCUCCAACGAGGGCUACGAUUUGGUCAUACAACUCAAGCCGGAUCUGGUGGCCAACAGCUUGUGCUAUGACCUGGGCUCCCCAUUUGUAUCCUUUGGUCAGCCGAAUUUCGAGUUGGCCCCAGCGGGAGCAGAGAAUCGACUGGCCGAGAUUGUGAGCCAGCUGAGGUCUGCCUACUCCGACUUUGCGGCUUUCUUCUACAAUCCCCAUGGCGGCAAGGAGCUGGCCGUUGUAUGGCGACCGUACACUGAAUUUGCACCUAAGCCAUUCAAAGUCACUGAAGUGCAGGCUUGCACGCCGUGCGGCAAUGGGAAGGUCCAAGUGCUAAGGGAAACCCUGCUGGAGGACUUUAAACUGCUGCUGAAGGACUUCUACCUGCGCAUCUCCACUCCGGAGGAGCUGAAGCGGGAACAGCGCGAACACCUGCAGCCCAGGCGAUACUUUAAUCAGCCAGAAGUGACGUCCGCUUUGAGGCCCAACAAGCGGAAGGUGCAAGCGGAAGAUGCCAAGCAGGAGAAACCAGUUAAGAAGAAAAAACAGCUCAUUAAAAACUCUUCGGCUCGGAAGACUGUGAGUUAGUUAGAUAUAUAAAGGUGACUAUUUUGUAUAGCAUUACUUUUUAAGUAUACAAAUAUUAAAUUUAAAUGAGCAAUAUAA